CUGUAUAUACACUAUAUUGCCAAAAGUAUUGGGACACCCCUCCAAAUCAUUGGAUUCUGGUGUUCCAAUCACUUCCAUGGCCACAGGUGUAUAACAUGCAGACUGCUUCUACAAACAUUUGUGAAUAAAUGGGUCGCUCUCAGGAGCUCAGUGACUUCAAAACAUGGUACCGUGAUAGGUUGCCACCUAUGCAAUAAGUCCAUCCAUGACAUUUCCUGGCCUCUAAAUAUUCCACGGUCAAUUGUUAGUGGUAUUGUAACAAAGUGGAAGCAACUGGAAACAACAACUCAGCUACAAAGUGGUAGGCCAUGUAAAAUGACAGAGCGGGGUCAGCGCAUGCUGAAACGCACAGAAGUCGCCAACAGUCUGCAGAGUCAAUAGCAAAAGCCCUCCAAACUUUGGCCUUCAGAUUAGCACAACAGUGCGUAGAGAGCUUCAUAGAAUGGGUUUCCAUGGCAGAGCAGCUGCAUUUAACCCUUACAUCACCAAGUGCAAUGCAAAGCGGCGGAUGCAGUGGUGUAAAGCA